CAUUUCUUGAGCUAUGAUUGGCCAGAAAGAAGCACGCUAGAAGAGCGCACGAUAAAUUCGAUAUUUGCUCAGCUAUGUAGCUAGCUACUGUAGUUUGAUUGUUUAUUGAACUACAGUUUAAGUGGCCCUGGUAAAGUCAGAAAAUGACCACUUUAGUUCUUGAUAACGGAGCUUAUUCGGCCAAAAUUGGAUACAGCCACGAAAAAGUCAGCGUUAUCCCAAAUUGUCAGUUUCGCUCCAAGACGUCAAGGCUGAAGACUUUUACCGCCAACCAACUGGAUGAAAUCAAGGAUCCCUCAGGACUUUUCUACAUUCUCCCUUUCCAAAAGGGUUACCUUGUUAAUUGGGAUGUCCAAAGAAAAGUGUGGGAUCACCUCUUUGGAAAGGAAAUGUUUAAGGUGGACUUUGCAGACACCAGUGUAGUGAUCACAGAGCCCUACUUCAACUUCACCUCCAUUCAGGAGUCCAUGAAUGAGAUCCUGUUUGAGGAAUACCAAUUCCAAGCAGCUCUCAGAAUUAAUGCUGGAUCCCUGAGCGCCCACCGCUACUUCCAGAUGAACAACCAGGAGCUGUGCUGCAUCGUGGUGGACAGUGGCUUCUCCUUCACCCACAUAGUCCCCUACUGCAGGGGGAAGAAAAUGAAGGAUGGGAUAUGCAGGAUCAACGUAGGAGGCAAGCUACUGACCAACCAUUUGAAGGAGAUUAUUUCAUAUAGGCAGUUGCAUGUCAUGGAUGAGACCCAUGUGAUCAAUCAGGUGAAAGAGGAUGUGUGCUAUGUAUCCCAGGAUUUCUACAAGGACAUGGAUAUAGCACAGUUAAAAGGAGAGGACAACACAGUGAUGAGAGAUUAUGUGCUACCAGAUUUCAGCUCCAUCAAGAAGGGCUUUUGCAAGCCAAGAGAGGAGAUGAACUUCACAGGGAAAUACAAGACUGGAGAGCAGAUCCUGCGCUUGGCCAAUGAGAGGUUUGCCGUCCCAGAGAUGCUCUUUCACCCCUCAGACAUCGGCAUCCAUGAGAUCGGCAUCCCUGAAGCGCUAGUCAACUCCAUCAACAACAUGCCAGAGGAGAUGCAGCCCCACUUCUACAAGAACAUUGUCCUCACUGGGGGUAACACAUUGUUCCCAGGGUUCAGAGAUCGGGUGUACAAAGAGGUCCGCUCCCUCACCCCCACCGACUUCCAGGUUUCUGUGCUGCAGCCACCCAAUCCAAUCUCCUACCCAUGGGAAGGAGGCAAGCUCCUGGCAGAAAACCCAGACUUUGAUGAGAUGGUGGUCACUCGCGAAGACUAUGAGGAGAAUGGACAUUUCAUUUGUGAAGAAAAGUUUGAUAUCUAAAGGACUUUAGUUGUAAUCAUAUGUCUCACAAAGGUCAUUGGACAGAGGAUGGCUGAAGCAACUACAGCAGAUCCAACAAUUACAUUUUUUUUAAACUGAAAAUGUCAUUUGAAUUCAGAUUUCUAGUACUGUUAUUGGGAUGCAGACUUCACAUUCUUACGUCUUCGGCUAUCAUUAUAAAUGUGUGAACAUUGAAUCACAGGUAGUGCCCAUCAAAGGAGUGUAGAACUUACCAAUUCAAAUUUACCACUGGGUUUGCUGGCAAACCAUAAAACAAAAUUCUAACUCAAUACAGUAACAAACCACCCCUAAAGCCCCUCACUCAUCAUUAAAUUGCUCCAGUGAGUUUAUUUGCUAAGUAAACACAUUCCUCAAGAGUCCGUUAGAUGUUGAUCAUUAUUUCCCCCCUACUUACAGAUUCAGCUUUACUAUCAACUACAGUGGGGCAAAAAAGUAUUUCGUCAGCCACCAAUUGUGCAAGUUCUCCCACUUAAAAAUAUGAGAGGCCUGUAAUUUUCAUCAUAGGUACACUUUAACUAUGACAGACAAAAUGAGAAAAAAAAUCCAGAAAAUCACAUUGUAGGAUUUUUUAAUGAAUUUAUUUGCAAAUUAUGGUGGAAAAUAAGUAUGGCCUGAAGCAUUAUAUAUGCUGUUGUUAUACUGUUAUGCUGAUUAGGUUUAUAUUGUUACCUGUGCAUAGAAGGCACUGACAUAUCUGUACUUUGUACCAAAUGAAACUGGGUGUAGCUGGUAGUAUGAUAUCAGUUUCAACUCAACUCCAGAAUAAAUUGGUGGCUAUGAGUGAUCAUGGAAA